AUGGAAAAGAGGAGGAGGAAGGAGGAGGAGGAGGAGCAGGCGGUAGAGGGCCUCCCCAACGACCUUGUCUGGGAGUUCCUGUCGAGGGUGCUGUACCAGUCGCUGUGCCGCUCAAAGUGUGUGUCGACGGCGUGGCUCGCACUGUGUUCCGACCCCGCCGUCCGUCGGAGAUCGCCGCAGACGCUCUCCGGUUUCUUUGGCCUCUCCCACAGCGGCAGCAACCGUUUCGUCAACCUUUCCGGCAGAGGCCGGCCGCUGGUCGACCCUUCUCUCCCUUACCUGCACGGCUUCGAAAGCGUAAAGCUCCUAAACUGCUGCAGCGGCAUCCUUCUCUGCCACGGUAUGCGAGCAGACGGCGCGCAAUACAUUGUGUGCAACCCUGCGACCGAGGAGAUCUGGGCCGUGAUACCCGCGCCUGAUAGGCAUGAGACACCACACCCUCUUGUUUACCGCACCAUCUGCUUGUGUUUCGACCCGGUCGUCCCCUCUCGCUUCGCGGUGUUUGUAAUCAUUGAUAAUGGUCGCGACAUUACCAUUAUGGAGGUCUACUCGUCGGAUACCGGAGAAUGGACUUCCAUGUCGAGCCCAUGGGGUCACCGAAUUGUGUUGUAUAACUAUGAACCAGGGUACUUCUUCUUAAAUGGUACUCUGCAUUCCGAUGCCUAUGAUUCUCGCGUGGAGACAUUUGACUCGAAUGGUAAAUCAAUAAAUAUGGUGGUUACGGUGGACACGGGCGGGAAUACUUGGAGGACAACUCCACAACCGCCUAUAGCUCAAUUUACUUCCAUUGGGUUCUCUCAGGGACGCUUACAUGGUAUUGAGAUGGAAGAUGGUGGUGGUUACCGGAUAUCAGUCUGGAUUCUCGAGGAUUAUGCUAGUGGGCAAUGGACCUUAAAGCACACAACCAGUAUGCAGGAGCUACUAGGAAGGCCUUGUAUAAAUAACAAAGAGUGCUACGCCUUUGUUGCACUCCAUCCAGAACGUAACCUGAUUUUUCUUAAUGGUGGGGUGGAACCGGAACAUACACUUAUGUCGUAUGAUAUGGAUACCCAGAAGUUGCAUGUUAUCUGCAAUCUUGAAGAUUAUGAGAUGCAAGAUUUUCGACCUUACAUUCCCUGCUUUGUGGAAUGGCGUCCGUCAAAUGCUCCCUGA